GGGCUGUCAGAUCUCGUGACUCGAUCCAGAUUGGCAGUCUUCUCGGCACCUUCUGGACUCGACGUUAUCCAGCCGAUAAAAUCCAAAUUGCACCUUAAAGUCAUUUUACCUAAAACAGUUUUUCCCUUAUCUUCUGAAAGAUAGCCGGCUUGAAACAACGAAUUCAAAAUGCCGCUUUUCAGGAGCGAAGAAAUGACACUUUGUCAGCUCUUCUUGCAGAGCGAGGCUGCUUACGCUUGUGUAGCUGAAUUGGGAGAACUAGGACUUGCCCAAUUCCGUGACUUGAAUCCCGAUGUUAGUGCUUUCCAACGCAAGUUUGUCAAUGAAGUCAGACGCUGUGAUGAAAUGGAAAGGAAACUCCGCUAUCUUGAAAAAGAAAUCAAGAGAGAUGACAUCCCCAUUUUGGACACUGGAGAGAACCCAGAGGCCCCUCAACCAAGAGAGAUGAUUGAUUUGGAAGCAGCUUUUGAAAAACUGGAAAAUGAAUUGAGGGAGGUGAACCAAAAUUCUGAGGCACUCAAGAAAAACUUUCUCGAGCUGACUGAGUUGAAGCACAUCUUACGUAAGACCCAGACAUUCUUUGAUGAGAUUGAAGCUGUCUUUAGUCAAGACAAAGUCACAGAAAAAGUAAAACAUACUUCUGCCCAUCGGCAUGGCAUACGUCCACAGAUGGCCGAAUCGGGUCACGAAGAUGAGCAUGCCAACUUGCUCGGCGAUGACGGACUGCGCACUGGAGGCCAAGUGCUUAAACUUGGGUUUGUCGCUGGAGUCAUUCUUCGAGAACGUCUUCCUGCAUUUGAAAGGAUGCUGUGGCGUGCUUGCCGUGGUAACGUCUUUCUUCGCCAAGCCGAAAUUGAUUCUGCCCUAGAAGAUCCAGUUACUGGAGAUCAGGUGUACAAAUCAGUGUUCAUCAUCUUCUUUCAAGGAGAUCAACUCAAAACUCGCGUGAAGAAAAUUUGCGAGGGCUUCCGUGCUACUCUUUACCCGUGCCCGGAGACGCCAGCGGAGCGCCGUGAAAUGGCAAUUGGUGUCAUGACUCGUAUCGAGGAUUUGAAUACCGUAUUGGGCCAAACACAGGACCAUCGUCAUCGAGUCUUGGUUGCUGCUGCUAAAAAUAUUAAAAAUUGGUUUGUCAAAGUCAGAAAGAUUAAGUCCAUCUAUCAUACCCUGAAUUUGUUCAAUUUGGAUGUAACCCAAAAAUGUUUGAUUGCUGAAUGCUGGAUACCAGUCGUAGAUAUGGAAACUAUUCAAAUGUCCCUUCGACGUGGAACGGAACGCAGUGGAAGUUCAGUUCCCCCAAUCUUAAAUCGGAUGAUGACGAGAGAGGUUCCGCCAACUUAUAACCGCACCAACAAGUUCACCGCUGGAUUUCAGAAUCUGGUAGAUGCUUAUGGAGUUGCCACCUAUCGUGAGGUGAACCCGGCAUCUUUUACCAUCGUCAGCUUCCCUUUUCUUUUCUCCAUGAUGUUUGGUGAUGCUGGCCAUGGUCUCUUGAUGACACUUUUUUCCCUUUGGAUGGUUCUAAAAGAAAAACCACUUGCGGCCAAAAAGAUCCAAAGCGAAAUUUGGGUCAUCUGCUUCGCCGGUCGUUACAUCAUGUUAUUGAUGGGUCUCUUCUCCAUUUAUGCCGGAUUCAUCUACAACGAUGUUUUCUCGAAAGGUGUCAAUAUAUUUGGCUCGGGCUACAAGGUUAACUUAACGCACGAAGAACUGCAACAUCAUCACUCCGCGAUGUUGGUCCCCGACGAAGCCAAUGGUCACUACAGACAAACACCUUACCCAUUUGGUGUCGACCCUAUCUGGAUGAUGGCCGAGAAUAAGAUUCCAUAUCUGAACGCAUACAAAAUGAAAAUUUCCAUCAUUUUCGGUGUAGUUCACAUGGGUUUCGGUGUUAUCCUCGGCAUUUGGAAUCAUCGCUAUUUCGGCCGUAGUAUGAAUAUUCUCGUCGAGUUCAUUCCACAAAUCAUCUUCUUGGUUUUCCUGUUCGGCUACCUUUGCAUUUUGAUGUUCAUCAAGUGGACCAAGUACUACGCAGGAGCUGAAGACCAGGCUCUUACGCCUGGAUGCGCACCUUCGAUUCUUAUCACGUUUAUUGGCAUGGUACUGUUCAAAUACGACACCGUACCACUUGAUGGUUGUGACAACUACAUGUAUCCGGGGCAGGUGACGCUUCAAAAAGUAAUGAUUAUCGUGGCAGUCCUAGUGGUUCCAGUCCUACUUCUAGGCAAACCUAUUUUGUUUAAAAUGGAAAUGAACAAAUCGAAAAAUCAUGCUGCAUUACACAACCAAAAUGGAACUGCUGAAGGUGAAGAUGUGGAAGUAGCUGGAGUACCGCAAACUGAUGGCCAUGAAGGAGGGGACGAGCCGCAUGAGUUUAGCGAUGUUAUGAUUCAUCAGGCCAUUCAUACUAUCGAGUAUGUUCUUGGAUCCGUUUCCCACACGGCAUCUUAUUUGCGUCUGUGGGCUCUAAGUUUGGCGCACUCCCAACUGUCUGAAGUUCUGUGGCUGAUGGUGCUGCGCAAAGGUCUCAUGUUCCAGGAUUGGUAUGGUGGAGUUCUUUUAUAUUUCAUCUUUGCUGCUUGGGCUGCUCUGACAGUCAGUAUUCUCGUCCUCAUGGAAGGCCUUUCGGCUUUCCUUCACACUUUACGUCUUCACUGGGUCGAAUUUCAGAGCAAAUUCUACGCUGGCUCUGGAUACCUUUUCGUUCCAUUCUCAUUUGAAAACAUCAUGGAAGUCCAACCAGGAGAAGAAUAGGUUUUACUCUAGAUCCGAUUUUUCGUCUAAUCGCCUUUUUAAAGGCACAUGUAAUACGCAAGAUCUAAACAAAAAUCUCUUUCUUAGUAGUUGUUGAUUUUAGCAAAUUGGUGUUGUAAUAUCUUCCAAUAUCCCUCUUAAUGAAUCUGUACUAUUUCUCAAUCUAAUAUAAUUAGUAAGCAAU